AUGGCAACCAGGCACCGGAAGGGUGCUACGGCUGAACGAACGAGCCUCCGUGCGUGGGACGUCGGUGUAUCCAAUCGAAAUCCGGUCAGCCGACUGAUUUCACCAGAACAAGAUGAAAAUGACCAACCUUAUGAGUACUACAUUACAAAGGCGCUGGGUAUUAUUUUUUGCGUUGGACAAAAAGCUCUGAUGGCCGAAGAGAAACGUGAAUUUCGCUGGGAAUCGGGAUAUGAGAAAACAUGGAGGGCCAUUCGUGAGGACGAUGCAGGUCGCCUUGUCACCACAUUGGAGCAACUGGUCCACGAUGCACACUCUCAGCUCCGUAAGAAGCGACAUCGGGCUGCUGUCGGUACAGAAGGCUUUGUGCGUCUGGGAAUGAUGCGUCAUUUGUUCCUGAUAAUCGAUAUGUCCAGUGCGAUGCAGGUACAGGAUCUGAAACCUACACGUCUGGUAUGCACUCUACGGGCCGUUGCAGAAUUCGUGCGGGACUACUUUGAUCAGAAUCCGAUCAGUCAGUUGGGCAUCAUCGUCACCGCUGACCGGCAAGCGGAGCGCUUGACCGAGCUUUCAGGCAAUCCACGCUGUCACUUGGCCGCCUUAGAAACCCUGUUCACUCGACCCUGUUCUGGCGAACCGAGCCUUCAAAAUGCACUUACUCUCGCCGAAUCCCGUUUGAAAUACACUCCGCAUCACAGCGAAAUUCUCGUGAUCAUGGCUAGUUUAACGACUUGCGACCCUGGAGAUAUCCACAAGACCAUACAGAGUCUGGCGGCUAACCAUAUUCGCUGUUCUGUUGUAUCACUGGCUGUCGAAGUCUUUGUUUUCCGUGCAUUGGCGCAAAUCACACAAGGACAGUUUCACGUGAUUCUUGACGAACCUCAUCUGAAAACGGUUCUGAAGAACUUCGUCCCGCCGCCCGCCGCCACGGUUGAUGCUCCUGCAACACUUAUACGAAUGGCAUUUCCCCACUCAGAAACGUUCGAUCUGAGAAAUUUUAGUACCGUACUUUGUAUGUGCCACCUCAAUCAACAAGGCUGUGGUACCGAUAGCAGCCACCCGCAGUAUGCAUGUCCACGUUGUUGUGCAGCCUAUUGUGAACUGCCUGUCGAAUGUUCAGUUUGUGGCUUGACGUUGGUUGCCGCCCCACAUUUGGCACGAGCCUAUCAUCAUCUGUUCCCGCUGGAUGCAUUCACUCCUAUUUCACCUGCGGAGCUGAGGCAGACGAAUCCGGACCAGGUGCCACGAACAGAAACGGGCAUCAUUACUUGUGCGGGUUGUGAUGUUGUCCUCCCCGAAUAUCUGACACUCACCCACUUUGCAAUGCCUCCUCAAUUUUGGUUUCCUUGUCACAUUGGUGACCUGUUAUGUCUGCUGGUUCGUCAGUCUGUGGUAUCUGCUGCUGACCCGCUCCAGUGCCUAAUGCCGGUGAAAAAAGUCUCACAGAAGGGAACACAACCGCUAUAUUCCGAACAAACGAGUGCGAGAGCAAACGUGCUGUUCAACUUUGGUGUGCGUGGUCAAACGUUUUCAAACGUUCGCACUUUGAGGAAUGCCCGACUGGAUAUGCGAAUAUAUUGUGAAGUACGUAAGAUAUGGACUAUACUACCGGCGUCACUAAUUCGAUUCUUUCCUGGAUGGCUGACCAAACUAGAUGUAGGUUGUUGGCUUUCUGCUCCCGAGUACUCGGGGUCUGACGAGUGCACUGUGACUGUGGACAGUUCAAACAAUAACAGUGUACCAUCCACUCCCCAACUGUCAAAUGAGGAACUUAACAAGAUCAACACAUUCAUUGAUCGAUUGUGGCAAACCCGAGAGAAAGGUGGGAAGAAUUCCAUGCUUACCGAGGACGAAAUGAUAGGACUGUGUCAUAAAGUACGCCCGAUUUUUCUAGCCCAACCGAACCUACUUGAUCUGCAGGGGCCACUAAAAAUAUGCGGUGACAUUCACGGGCAAUUCAGCGAUUUAUUGCAUCUUUUUGAACUAUGUGGCAAACCAGACAAAAUAAAUUAUCUUUUCCUUGGUGACUAUGUGGAUCGAGGACGCCAUAGCCUUGAGACAAUCUCAUUGUUGCUAUGUUACAAGCUUAAAUAUCCACUUCGGUUCUUUCUGCUUCGAGGUAACCAUGAAACGCAAUCUGUCACACGCAUCUACGGAUUUUUUGACGAAUGCAAACGGCGCUUCUCGGCGAAACUUUGGCGGCAGUUUAUCGACACAUUCAACUGUCUGCCUGUGUGUGCAAUCAUAGAGGGCCAAAUUUUCUGUUGUCACGGUGGUCUGUCACCUGAAAUGCUGACACCUGAAGUUACCGACUUGUUUGAACUGAGGCAAAAAAUCAAACGCAUCCAAAGGCCGUGCGACGUCCCAGAAAACGGUCUAUUGUGCGAUUUGUUAUGGUCGGACCCGUGGUACAUCGAUUUUUCUGAGAAGGCUGUGGAACCCAGUGGAUGGGAGCCCAGUGAACGAGGUGUAUCCUUCAUGUUCGGUCCAAACGUCAUCGAUCAAUUUUUGGAGCGAUUCAAUUUGGAUUUAAUCGUUCGUGCACAUCAGGUGGUCGAAGAUGGGUAUGAAUUCUAUGCUAACCGAUCAUUGGUCACUGUGUUCUCAGCGCCCAACUACUGUGGAGAGUUUGACAACGCGGCAGCUGUGUUUUGUCUUUCUCGAUUAACAGGCAACCUUGAAAGUCUGCAGCCAACACACUCGAAUCUCAUUACUGAUAUUGAUGACUAUGGUCAUGACGAAGCAGAUUUGGAAGGAAGUUUUCAAAUUAUUCGCUCAUUGUCUUCACCUAAAAAGUGA